AUGCCUACGGACAGAAACGAACAAGCGAAAGUGUCUGCUACGACACAAACAGAAAUCUCCAGAGCAUCCAGCAGCGACGAGAGCUCGGUCGCGUUCUAUCGUCUCUCGGGAGAAAACGUGGUGCAGUAUUUCGGAACCCACGCGGUCAACGGGCUGAGCAGCGCGAAAGCCAAGGAAAUGCUCGCUAAGUAUGGUCCUAAUUCUCUAGGCGAUUCUGGAAAGAUUAACUACGGUAAAAUACUGGCGCACCAGGUGUUCAACGCCAUGAUUCUCGUCUUGAUAAUCUCCAUGGUCAUUGCUCUGGCCAUCAAGGACUGGAUUUCCGGAGGAGUCAUUGGGUUUGUUGUGCUCCUCAACAUCUCGGUCGGCUUCAUCCAGGAGAUGAAGGCCGAGAAAACCAUGAACUCGCUCAAGAGCCUCUCUUCGCCGUCCGCGCACGUGACCAGAGACGACGACGACCACACGAUCCCGACAGAGGAGGUUGUUCCGGGCGACAUCGUGCACAUCAGGGUGGGCGACACGAUUCCUGCGGACCUGCGGCUGAUCGACUCCAUGAACCUCGAGACCGACGAGGCGCUGCUCACCGGCGAGUCGCUGCCGAUCCCCAAGGACCACACGGUGGUGUUUGCGGACGAGUCUGUUCCCGUGCCUGUUGGAGACAGGUGCAACAUGGCGUACAGCUCGUCUGUGGUGAGCAAGGGCCGCGGCACGGGAGUCGCAGUUGCCACCGGCCUCAAUACCGAGAUCGGAAAAAUAGCCAAGUCGCUGCAGGGAGACAGAUCCUUCAUCCGCAAGGUGGAGAAGAACCCGAAGAACGGCUCGAAGCCGAAAAAGCGCGCGUACGUGACGGCGUAUUUGGGCACCGUCAAGGACGUCGCGGCAAACUUCCUCGGCGUGGCCAGCGGCACGCCGCUGCAAGUGAAGCUCUCGUGGCUGGCCAUUGCGCUUUUCUGGAUCGCUGUGGUUUUCGCCAUAGUGGUGAUGGCCUCGCAGAAAUUCCGCGUCAACAAGGAGGUGGCCAUCUACGCCAUCUGUGUGGCACUGUCGAUGAUUCCGUCGGCCCUGAUUGUGGUUCUGACCAUCACGAUGGCCGUGGGAGCGCAGGUGAUGGUUUCGAGAAACGUCAUUGUGAGAAACCUGGACUCCUUGGAAGCGCUGGGCGGCAUCAACGAUAUCUGCUCGGACAAAACAGGCACUCUGACGCAGGGCCGCAUGAUUGCCAAGAAGGUGUGGAUCCCCAACGUCGGCACCUACUCUCUGGAGGGCUCGAACGAGCCAUAUAAUCCGCAUCAGGGCACGCUCAGCUUCACCAGGUACUCGCCAAAGUUCGUCAAGGAGAGCGACGAGUACAUUCCUCCCGAGAAAGAGCUGCCCGAGCCGACCCCGGCCAACUUUGCGAACUUCUGUCUGACCGCAGGACUAGCCAACAUCGCCGUUGUGAACAGCUACGAGAACCCCGAAACAGGCAGCACCGAGUGGAAGGCGCACGGCGACCCAACAGAGAUCGCCAUUCGCGUGUUCUCGAGCAGAAUCCCGGGAUACACGAAGGACGAGCUGGCCGCGAAAUACGACCAUAUCAACGAGUUCCCGUUCGACUCGUCUAUUAAGAGGAUGUCUGCGAUCUACCGCAGCAAGGAGACCGGCGAGGUGAAGGUGUACUCCAAAGGCGCGGUCGAAAGACUGCUCAAGUGCUGCAAAUACUGGCACUCUUUCGACGACCAGAAAUACGACAGUCUGCGCGACAGCCAGGAGCUCCGGCCGCUGACAGAAGAGGACAUUGCGCGCAUCGAGAACCAGAUGGACGUGCUUUCCAGAGAGGGACUGCGUGUGCUGGCGUUUGCGUACAAGGACAUCACGAACGACAACGUUUCCUUGGAGACAGACAACCGGGAGCAGAUCGAGUCGGACCUGAUUUUCCAGGGUCUGAUUGGAAUCUACGACCCGCCAAGAAACGAAACGUCGAGAUCCGUCAAGCUGUGCCACCAGGCCGGCAUCAACGUCAGAAUGCUGACGGGAGACCAUCCCGGCACCGCCAAGGCCAUUGCCCAGGACGUUGGAAUUGUUCCGCGCAAUCUGCACCACUACGCCGAGGACGUUGUUCGGGUGAUGAUCAUGACGGCGCACGAGUUCGAUAGUUUGAGCGACAGCCAGAUCGACGAGCUGCCUGUGCUGCCCUUGGUUAUCGCGAGAUGUGCUCCCCAGACCAAGGUCAGAAUGAUUGAGGCUCUGCACCGCCGCAACAAGUACGUGGCCAUGACCGGAGACGGAGUCAACGACUCGCCGUCUCUGAAGAAGGCCGACGUUGGCGUUGCCAUGGGCAUGAACGGGUCCGACGUCGCCAAGGACGCUUCCGACAUUGUUCUCACAGACGACAACUUUGCCUCCAUUUUGAACGCCAUCGAGGAAGGCCGGAGAAUGUCGGCCAACAUCCAGAAGUUCGUGCUGCAGCUGCUCGCCGAGAACGUCGCACAGGCCAUUUUCCUGCUCAUCGGCCUGGCGUUCAUGGACAACUCCGGCUACUCGGUGUUCCCUAUGUCUCCGGUGGAAAUUCUGUUCAUUCUCGUUGUCACCAGUUCGUUCCCAGCGUUCGGUCUCGGAGUGGAGAAGGCAGCGCCCGACGUGCUGGAAAAAAAGCCAAACUCCACAAUCUUCACCAAACAGGUGCUCAUCGACAUGAUGGUCUACGGCAUCUGGAUGGCCGCAUGCUGUCUGUUCGCGUUUGUCAUUGUCGUCUGGGGACACGGCAACGGGUAUCUCGGAAUCGACUGCAACGCGACGAGCUCCGGCACCGAGCACUGCAGGUUGGUGUACAGGGCUCGUUCGACCGCUUUUGCAACCAUGACAUGGUGCGCCCUAAUUUUGGCAUGGGAGUGCAUCCAUCCGUUGAAUUCUCUGUUCCGCAUGACAAAGGAGACCGACCACCCAUGGUGGAAGCAGACGGCGAUCGACCUGUACGACAACAAGUUUCUAUUCUGGUCGAUUGUGGGCGGCUUCGUUGCGGUGUUCCCUGUUAUUUACAUCCCGGUGAUCAACAGCGAGGUCUUUUUGCAUUCUGGCAUCUCCUGGGAAUGGGGCGUGGCCUUUGGGUCCACUGGGCUGUAUUUGCUGGGCUCCGAGCUCUGGAAGUGGAUCAAGAGGGUGUACCUUAGAAAAAGAGAGUACGAGAGAGCCAAGAACCCAGAGGCAGAGCUCGAGAAGUCUGACGACAUCUUUGAGAAAUAUGCGUCGCUAUCAAGGGCCAGCACGAUGGAUCACAGCACUCUGAUUGUCUGA